AUGGUGUUCCUCCCCAACACAAUUUUAUCCAUAACAAUCUGGACCCUAGUGUCCCUCGCCCACGCCGAGGACCCCUACCUAUUCUACACGUGGCACGUCAAGUACGCGACCCUCUCCCCACUCGGCGUCCCCCAACAAGUCAUCACCAUCAACGACCAAUUCCCGGGCCCCUGGAUCAACUGCACCUCCAACAACAACAUCGUGGUCAACGUCUUCAACCACCUCGACGAGCCCCUGCUCUUCACCUGGAACGGCAUCCAGCAGCGCAAAAACUCCUGGAUGGAAGGCACCCUCGGCACAAACUGCCCCAUCCUCCCCAACACCAACUUCACUUUCAAAUUCCAAGUCAAGGACCAAAUCGGCAGCUACUAUUACUACCCAACCACUUCCCUCCACCGCGCCGCAGGCGGCCACGGCCCUAUCUCCGUCCACAGCCGCGACCUCAUCCCCGUACCUUUCCCAUCCCCCGAAGCCGAGUUCAACGUCCUAAUCGGCGAUUGGUACAAGAAAAGUCACGUCGAGCUCCGAAAACUGCUCGAUUCCGGCCGAACCAUCGCCAGACCAGACGGCGUCGUCAUAAACGGUAAAAACGAAGGCGGUACCGUCUUCACCAUGACGCCCGGGAAGACGUAUAGAUACCGAUUCUGCAACGUAGGGAUGAAAAACUCCAUAAAUGUUCGAAUCCAGGGACACAGCAUGAAGCUGGUCGAGAUCGAGGGGUCGCACACGGUUCAGAAUGUGUACGACUCGCUCGACGUGCAUCUCGGGCAGUGCUACUCCGCGCUCGUGACCGCGGACGAGUUGCCUAAGGACUACUUCAUGGUGGCAUCGACGAGGUUUACGAAAACGGUCCUCACGGCGACAGCGAUCGUCCGCUAUGCGGGCGGCAAAGGGCCUGCUUCACCGGAGCUGCCUGCAGCUCCAGUGGGUUGGGCUUGGUCGCUCAACCAGUUUCGGUCUUUUCGGUGGAAUCUCACGGCGAGUGCCGCGAGGCCCAAUCCGCAAGGUUCGUACCAUUACGGGAAGAUUAAUAUUACGCGUACUAUUCGGCUUGUUAAUUCUGCGGGGACAGGGCCGGAUGGGAAGCUUAGGUAUGGGGUGAAUGGGGUUUCGCAUGUUGACACUGAGACGCCGCUUAAGCUGGCAGAGUUUUUUGGAGUGGCCGAUAAGGUGUUUAAGUACGAUGCUAUUAAGGAUGAGCCGGGCGCGGUGGCCAGCGUUGGGGAUAAGCUCACGCUUAGCCCGAUUGUUAUCAAUGCGACUUUCCGUAACUUUGUGGAGAUUGUUUUCGAGAAUCAUGAGAAGAGCGUGCAGUCGUGGCACCUGUCCGGCUACUCAUUCUUCCCUGUCGCGAUUGAGCCAGGAACGUGGACCCCGGAGAAAAGGAUCAACUACAACCUGAUAGAUGCGGUGAGCAGGCAGACGAUUCAAGUGUACCCCAAAUCGUGGGCUGCAGUAAUGACAACCUUGGACAAUGCGGGCAUGUGGAACUUGAGGUCCCUUGUCUUGGAGAGGCAGUAUUUAGGACAGCAACUUUACAUUAGUGUUCUCUCUCCGGAGAGAUCGCUUCGCGACGAAUACAACAUUCCCGAUGGCCAGCCAUUGUGUGGAAUAGUAAAGAACAUGCCGCCACCCAAACCCUACAGCAUAUGAACUAUAUAUACUAAAGUCUAUCUAAUUAUGAUAUAAAUGCCAAAGCUGAUGAGAUAGUUAUUAGUCUUGGAGGCUUUGUAAAAGAUAUAUCAAGUUAUUUUGCGAAAGUUGCGGGGAGAUGGCGUGCAAUUGUUUCCGGAACAAAUUAACGGAAGCAGAGAGCGAGAGAGAGAAUAUAGAGUUGAAAGAAAAAUGUAGAAAAAGAAUGAUUUGUUCAUGUUUUGUAGUUUGAUUUAAUUUCUAUUUUCUUUCCUGGUCAUGUUGUAAUACAUUUUGAAGAGAUGAUGAAUAAGGGCAAAUUUG